UGAAAACGCCGGGCUUGGCCCCCCAUCCAAAUUGACAGGAAGGGAACGAGUCAGUGGUUUUCAAGUAUAAAUAGAGAGGUUUCUACUGCAGAGUUUUGUCAUCCAGAAGUACUCCUGUUCUUGGCAUCGAGAACUCUUCCUUGCUUCAACACACACAGAGAGAGUUCGAUGGCCGAGAUUUCUAUGAACGGAUCCCAUGCUAAGCCGGCAACCAACGCCGUCACCGAUGAGCAGAUCAGUCGGAUGGAGAAUGGGAAUCAGUCUUACCCUCAGGAGUCUCACUCUGGAUCAGGGUGCCACCUCUCGGUUCAGUUUCUGCAGAAGAUAAUCGCGGAGGUGUUUGGAACGUACUUCUUGAUAUUUGCCGGGUGCGGGGCAGUGACCAUUAACAAGAGUAAAGGGACCAUCACCUUCCCCGGCGUUGCCAUCGUCUGGGGUCUGGCCGUCAUGGUCAUGGUCUACUCCGUCGGUCAUAUCUCCGGCGCUCAUUUCAACCCGGCCGUCACCUUCGCCUUUGCAGUCUGCAAAAGGUUUCCAUGGAAGCAGGUUCCUGCUUAUUUUGCGGCACAAAUGGUGGGAGCGACUCUGGCGAGUGGAACGCUUCGUCUGAUGUUUGGUGGAGGCAUGCUGCACUACCCCGGCACACUCCCUGCAGGAUCGAACAUGCAGUCCCUUGUUCUUGAAUUUGUCAUCACCUUCUAUCUGAUGUUUGUCAUCUCAGGUGUUGCCACUGAUACAAGAGCUGUUGGAGAGCUUGCAGGAAUUGCAGUUGGGGGCACCAUCCUAUUAAAUGUGAUGUUUGCAGGGCCUAUUUCUGGGGCAUCGAUGAACCCGGCGAGGAGUCUAGGUCCGGCCAUAGUCGGGAACCAGUACCGCAGCAUCUGGGUCUACAUAGUGGGUCCAACCGUCGGUGCAGUCUGUGGUGGAUUGGCCUACAACCUGAUCAGAUUCACCAACAAGCCCCUGCGGGAGAUAACCAAAAGUGGUUCCUUCCUGAAAAGCUCGGGGAGAAGUGGCUCUCUUUAAUCAAUUACCAAGUCCUUCUGCUUCUCUUUCUAUAUAUAACAGAUGUGUGAUGUAGAUUAAGCCUGAUAUAUAUAUAUCUAUCUAGUCGCAUAGUAUGUAACCGGAGAGUGGAAGGAGAAGUUUGUCUUAAAUCUUCUUAAGUGUUCUGAUGUAAAAUAUGAAAUGAGAGUUCGAGUAAUGGCCUCAUUGUUGGUGCUUUGCCCUUGAUUUCAGGCAAGAUUUACUGGUCAUUUUUAAAUGCUAAAGUUUCUAACUUGAAUGAUAUAUAUUCUCAAUUUGGCAUUAGUUUAA